GGAGGACAUGCACAAGAUCAUCAGUUCACACUGCACAACACUCACUGUCAUGACGUCCGUGGGUCUGCGCGGCGCGGGCUAUUUCCUACGGAGCAUUGUUCAGGAAUUUUGCGGAAAGGGACUUAGAGACGGAAUUCCGAGCCGAGCACUCCCGAACCAAACCGAUCUGGCGACAAGGCUAGUUCGCACGGUAUUUGGUGCGUACUGGGUGGCGGUACAUCGCAGUGACUUGGCUGCUAUCCUCCACGACACACUCCCGCUAUGACCACAGUCUCGCCGUUUGCGCGCAGCAGUGUCUUCGAUGAACCCCGCCUCGGUGGUCGCGAGCAGACCAUCGAGGAAAUGUACAGCGUACCAGAGAGCUUCCUAGAGAUUGAAGUGCGGAACCCCCAGACCCACGGCUUCGGACGGAAGAUGUACACCGAUUAUGAGAUUGUGUGCAAGACCAAUAUACCCGCCUUCAAGUUGCGCCACUCUGUCGUCCGCCGCCGGUACUCUGACUUCGAGGCGUUCCGUGACAUCCUCGAGCAUGAGUCCACUCGAGUGAACAUUCCUCCGCUACCAGGCAAGGUCUUUACCAACCGUUUCUCCGACGAGGUGAUCGAGGCCAGGAGAGAAGGACUGGAGCGCUUCCUCACUGUUGUUGCCGGCCAUCCCCUUCUGCAGACUGGUAGCAAAGUCCUGUGUGCCUUCCUGCAGGAUCCCGCCUGGGACAAGAACCAAUGGGCAUAAUCAUGA